AUGGCCAAAAAAACAAAAUUACCUCCAGAAAUCAUUUGUCUAAGUGAUGAUGAUGAUGAUGAUGUUGAUCAUAAUAGUAAAAUUAAUACUAAAAUUACAACUCCUGUAAAGGAAAAAGAAUUAUUGACAACUAAUAAUAGUAAUAAAUAUGAGCCAUCAAAUUGGAUUAUUCAAGAUAAAGAUAUCAUACAUGUAUCACCAUUACCAUCUAAAUAUUCAGAUAUUUAUAAAAAACCAUUUGAAAUUCGUUGUUCCAGUGUUCGUUUUGGUAUUACAGAAUUUAAUAUUGAUUCUGAAAUUGUUCUUAUGAAAGAAACAGAAUUUGAAAUGAAUCUAUCAAAGAAUUUUAUGGAUAAUCUAAGCAUAAAAUUAGCUUAUUCAGAUGUAGUUAAAUUUUAUUUUUCAUUCGAAUCUCAAACACCAGCUGCAUUUAUUCAUGUUCGAAAUGAAUUUGCAGUACUUUUUGACAAAUUUAUUCCAACAUCUGAUGAACAUGGAAAAGGUUUCAAUCCAAAUUCAAAAGAUGAAAAACGACGUCAUAUUAUAUUUUGUUUAAAAGCAUUGACACCAGAUAUGGAACGAAUACAUAUAGCAACAAUUUUCUAUUUUCUUAAAACAAAAUCUACUAAAAUUGAUGUUUUAUGUAUAAGUGGUACACGAGCUGAUGAAUUAUACAGUUUAGCUCGAUAUGCUAAAACACCAACAAUAGCAACUCCGAAAAAAACACUAUUUACUCUUAAUACCAAUGAUUUAACCGCAAAAACAGUUGGUUUAAAUAAUAAUACAAUUCGAUUUGAUCUCUCAUCAGAUGAUUUACAUUGUUUAAAUGAAGGCGAAUUUCUUAAUGAUAAUAUCAUUGAUUUUUAUCUUCAAUAUAUCUAUUAUGAAAAAUUAUCUGCCGACGAUCGUGAACGUACACAUUUAUUUAAUUCAUUUUUUUAUACACGUUUAACACAAAAAGGUAAUCGUGAUAAUCCAGAUAUUUCUGCGGCUGAACGACGUUAUAAUCGUGUUAAACGAUGGGUUCGUGAUGUAGAUUUAUUUACUAAAAAUUAUAUUAUUGUACCAGUUAAUCAAAAUACUCAUUGGUAUAUUGUUCUUAUACAAAAUCUUAAUAAUGUUCCAACAGAAGGUGAUUUAAUUAGUGAUGAUGAAGAAGAUACUAUUGAUGAUCGAUUAAAAUCUAAAAAACGACGACGUUCAUCAAGAAUAAUUCGUUCUAUUGGAAGUAAUAGUGCUAGUAGUAGUCCAUCACCAAAACCUUCUAUUCAAUUAGGUGACGAACUUGAUGAAGCUGAUGAAGUUACAUCUGAUAAUGAGGUUCCUUUGAAACAGAAUAUUGAAGCACUUGUUAGUGCAAAAAAAGAUCAUUCACAAACACCAGCAAUAAUUAUAUUUGAUUCAUUACGUAUUGCUUCAAAAAAUCGUGUUGCAGCAACAUUACGUGAAUUUCUUCAAGUUGAAUAUGAUCAUAAAAAAGCUUUACCAGUUGGAUCAUUAGCUCGUAAAUUAUUUAAUAUGGAUACAAUGCCAACAAUUGAAGCUGCUGUACCACAACAACGAAAUUAUUCUGAUUGUGGUUUAUAUAUAUUGCAAUAUAUUGAAAGUUAUUUUACUCAUCUUACAUCAACAUUUACGAAUUGGUGUGAAAAAAAUUUAAAAGGUUCAACUAAACGAAAAGAAAUUUUAACUGUUAUUAAUCAACAUGUUAUUAAUAAAGAAGUGUGA